GCAUAAUCAACCUCCAAUCGACAGGAAAGAUAAACCACAAUUCCGUCCAAUAUAUAUCUAUCUUAAAUAAAUUCAAAUCCUUGUCAAUAGCUUCUCAGGGAAUACAUUGACAUCACACGCUAAUAAAACGCCAAAACAUUCCGUGGAACACAUACAUCGAAGCAGAUACCUGUCGACCUGGGAUACUGGGCGAGUGCAAUGCAUAUGGUGAGGAAGCUUUCCGGACAAUGGAGAAUUUGUGAUGAUUACAGGCAAUUGAACAAAGUCACUAUACCGGAUAAGUAUCCGAUCAUCCAGGAUUUUUCGCAGCGACUACUAGGAUGUAUCAUCUUAGCAUUUUUGGAUCUUACCAAAGCUUACCAUCAGAUACCCGUAGCGGAGCAAGACAAAGAAAAGACGGCGUUGAUCACGCCAUUCUGGCUGUACGAGUUCAACGUGAUGCCUUUGAACUGCGUAACGCAGUCCAAACUUUCCAAAGGUUUAUGGACACGGUGCUCCGAAGAUUGGAAUUUUACUUUUGCUAGACGAUAUCUUGAUUGCAUCAACGUCCAUCGACGAGCAUGAGAAACAUGUGAGACAGGUAUUUGACAGACUAAAGCACUAUGAUCUCUCAAUUAACGUAGAUAAGUGUUUCUUUUAAAAGGAAGUUAAAUAUUUAGGAUGUGCAAUAUCGAAGGAAGGUACUAAACCUUACAGGAGAGAGUCGACACGAUACUACACUACAAAAAAACCACAGACAAUUGAGCAGCUGCGCCGAUUUUUAGGCAUGAUUAAUUAUUAUAAACGUUGUUUGCCCUCAGCAGCAGAGACACAAGCACCACUAUACAGCUUGACAACCGAAAACAAGAAGACAGAUAAAAGACUGAUCCAAUGGAACAAUGCCGCAGAACAAGUCUUUAAAAAAUGUAAAAACCAGCUCGCAAACGCAACAUUGUUGAUGCAUCCAGCGGAAAACGCAUUCACUAAUACUCAGCACGCUUCGGCACAGGCAAUCGGAACAGCCCUAGAACAGGUCCGAGAAAGCAUCGCGGAGGUAUGGCAAUUAGAAUAUUUGAGUCAAUUUAUCAAGGAAAUCAAGUACGUUGCGGAACAAGAUAACAUCAUCGCGGAUACAGACUUUCUCGAGAUUAGAAGCUAUAGAGAUACUUGUAAUUGUAAGCACGGAGGAACUAACACGAGCAUAACGAGAUGACGCGGAAUUACAAGCACUUCUGCAAGGUUAGUCAGCACUCACUCUCAAACUAUUCCGUCUAAUUCUGACACCAUAGUGUACUGCGAUACGACUAACGAUGUUAAAAUUUACGUGCCAUCGAAAUUACGACGGAAGAUAUUUGAUACGGUAUAUAAUUUAACACACUGGAGUCAAGGCAACGCGAAAAGUCAUCACUCAACUUGUGUGGCCCAACGUUAAUGACGUCACCAGAUAGAUCGAAACAUGCUUAACAUGUCAACAAGCGAAAAUUAAUAGGCACAAUCAUCUUAGACCACAACACAUUCAAGUAUCGGACAACUGAUUCCAUCACAUACACUUGGAUAUAAUCGGACCCUUACCACCAUCUAAAGGAUUUCGGUAUUGCCUUACAAUUGACAGGGCUACAUGAUGGCCGGAAACAAUACCAAUCACUGAAGCAACAGCAGACAUAAUAGCGAUUAAUUUCGUUACAAUGUGGAUUGCCAGAUAUAGAGCACCGGAAAUUAUAACGAUCGACCGUUCACAGUUCGAGUCGAUAGUUUUCGAAACUGUCACGCAACUAAUCGGAGCUAGAAGAACUACCUCUUAUCAUCCACAGUCGAAUGGAAUAGUGGAACGAUGGCAUAGCUAGAGCAUAGAUCUCUAAAAUGGCAAUCAAAUGUCACGCUACACGA